GCAGCAACACCCCAAACCGGAAGUGUGCCCCGGUUAGGGGCUAACCAUCUGCGGAGAGCUGCGGCGUCAAUGAGCUGGAGUUUGGAAGAAAUAUAGGAUGCGUUCCUUCAGUUGAAGACGUGGCCUGGUAACACUGACGCUGUGGGGAGACGUGUGACUGAAAAAUCUGCUAUGACCGGUUUAUGAAGGAGGAACUGUGUCGGAAGGCGGCGCUGUUGUUGUUGACAGAGUCGUGUUGACGCUAGCAAAGCUAACGCUACACACGUUUGGCUCUGUGGCUAACGCCUCUCUUUUCUCGGGGCUACCGCUACAAGAUACCAUCAUGCCUAAAGAGGUAGACAAGGUUGAGGGUGGAGGAGGCAAGGACUCCAAGGAAGAAACGGUACAACAUGCUACUAAGGAGACGGUCAGGAAGAGGGUUCGGGCAAAUACUCCAAGUCCGCACAGAGGAAACACGCCACAAGCCAGCCCUCCCAGAUUUCUGUCUGUGGAAGAGUUGAUGGAGACGGCAAAAGGAGUUACCAACAUGGCCUUGGCUCAUGAAAUAGUGGUCAACCAGGGAUUUCAAGUUAAACCUGCAGAGCUUCCUGAAGGAAGUUUGGAGCGCAGAGUGAAGGAGAUUAUGCACAAAGCAUUCUGGGAUUGUUUGGAAGGACAGCUUAAGGAAGAUCCACCAUCUUAUGGACAUGCCAUUAAACUCCUUGCUGAGAUUAAAGAGACACUUCUGUCCUUCUUGCUGCCGGGCCACGGCCGUCUGCGAGCCCACAUUGAAGAGGUUCUGGACCUGCCUCUAAUUCAGCAGCAGGCUGAGAAUGGCGCUCUUGACAUUGGUCAACUUUCCCAAUUUAUUGUUGGAAUGAUGGGCUCACUGUGCGCCCCCUGCAGAGACGAGGACAUCAGUAAGCUAAAGGAGAUCACCGAUAUUGUGCCUCUGCUCAAGGCAAUAUUUUCUGUUCUUGAUCUGAUGAAAGUGGACAUGGCAAACUUUGCCCUCAGCAGCAUCAGGCCCCAUCUGAUGCAGCAGUCUGUUGAAUAUGAGAGAAACAAGUUUCAGGAGUUUCUGGAGAAACAACCUAAUGCCUUAGACUACACAGAGAAGUGGCUUGCGGACACACUGAAAAGCUUGAGCGUGCCUGGGAUUGAUGGUUCCAGUGCUGCUUCAUCAAACGCUUCCUCUCUCCUCCCCCUUAACAUUCAUAAUCACGCCUAUCUGCGCCUGCUAAAAUGGGACCCUGAGUCUGACCCUUUUCCAGAGACCGUGUUAAUGGAUCAGCUUCGGUUCCAGGAGAUGCAACAGGAGGUUGAUCGGUUAGUUCUUCUGUCAUCUGUUCUCCUCAUUAUCUACACUACAACAGGAGAGGCCAUCUCGGGGCUGCCUGGCCUGAUGGAGAGGCUUAAAAACACAGUGAGCGUCUUGUUUGCAGACAUGCAUUCAUCGUCUAAGAGUGUGGAGGAUGCCUUAGCGGCUAUCGGAGAAAAGCUGUGUGUGGAGCUGAGUCAGUGUCUAAGCCAGCAUGGCUACUCUCCAUUCUCUGCCGACCGCAUGAACACUCUGAAAGGACAAAUCUCAGCCACCAGUCAGCCAGAUAACUCCGUCCGCAAGCUGAUGGAAUCCAGGGUUCAGGCCUACCUCUUGGUUUCCCUGGAGUGCAGUCAACAUAAGACGCCGCCUCCUCUUCCCGGUGGCUUGACCCCAGUUAGCAGGGAGCUGAAGGAGCUCGCUGUUCGAUUCAGUCGCCUCGUCAACUUCAACAAGCUUGUCUUCUCCCCUUUUUACCAAAAGCUUCUUCAAAAGUUAGUCACAGAAGUGAAUCCUGAUAAAGAAACGUGAAUGUGGAAAAAGUGAAGUGAAGAGUGGUCUGUAGUUUCACAUUUGCCUCGCACUAAUAAUAGAUUCGGUUUAACAUGAGAGGUGGUGAUCAGUUUGUAAAUUCAGCUCUUCAGAGACUGCAUGUUGAACGUCCAUGAUCAGAACCCCCUGCCUAUCGUCCCAGUUGCAUAAACUCACAGUGUUGCUUAUUUAAUAAAACUCAGGCCUCAUAGGUGUAACCUCACUGUAGUCAUCUUGCAUCCUGCUAGUCGGUGUCAUUUGAAACCUAAGCUAUUACAGUACUUCUGCUUUCGAUAAAAUCCAACUAAUACUAUGCUUCGCAGAGCUACAUGACUGUCUAUAAAAACAUUGACUAUAUGGCUAUAUACAAUAUGAAAUUAUUAAAACCAGGUAAGAAAGAUUUAAAAUUACAGUUUAAGCAUCAAAUAUUUAGGAUCUUUACGUUUUUUAAAACUGUUCAUCAGAAAUACAGUGCAAUUGGAAAAAGCUGUUUAAUGGAAUUACUUCAUAGUCCAUAUGUUUAGAGAUCUAGACACUUAUGUUUGUAAAGCUUUCCUAGAAAAUUAGGGCAUUUAAAGGGACCUCCAUCUUUUAAAUACAGAUAAAAGAUUUAACCAACAAGACAAGGACCAUGAAAUCAAUGUUAAUGUUAUCACAAAAUGUUCGUCCUAAAUUACCCUUUAGGGAUCAAUGAGGUUUAUCUCUAAAUUGAUGAGCAGUGUAGUAUUUAUGGUCUUGUCAGAAAUACAAACGAAAGGUGUGUAGACCUUUCAUAUCCACAGUUUGAAUACAAAAAGCAUGACCAAAAUCAAAUGAGAGAAGAAUAAAGUGCAGAAGGGAAGCUGGACUGGACCAACUUGAAUUAUUGGGUUUUAAAAAUAGAUUGACUUAUUUAUAGUGUUUUUUAUGGUUUCUAAGGUAUUUAGAUACUUUGCUCUCUAACGUUUCUACUUUAUUCCACACACUCAUUUUACCACAGAUUAUUUCCAGUGAUUUCCAUUAAUACAGUAAGAUUCCUUCUCUUCUAACAGAAUAACGUCACCUUUCCCCUGAAUAAACAACACACUGACUGUUCACCUCAUCUGCACUGAUACCUGUCUUUCAUUGUCAAAUCCACAAGCCAAUAAACCAUUGUUGUCCCGCA